AUCGUCACCGCCGUCACCGUCGUCACCGUCACCGCCGCCGCCUGUCCCACCGUCUGCCGCUGCGCCGGCGGCCGCGUCUACUGCAACGACCGGGGGUUGACGGCCGUUCCCGAGGGCCUCCCCGCCGGCGCUACCACCCUCUUCCUCCAAAACAACCGGAUCGGCGACGCCGGCAUCCCGGCGCGGUUGGGUCACUUAUCGGCGUUAAAAGUUUUAUACCUGUACGCCAACGCCUUGGAGCAAUUGCCGGCGUACCUGCCGCCGGCGCUGCGGGAGCUGCACCUCCAGGAGAACAACGUCCGCGGGUUGUGCCGACGGGCGCUGGCGAGAGCGCCGCUGCUGGAGCGCCUGCACCUGGACGACAACUCGGUCUCGGCCGCCGGCAUCGAGGAAGACGCCUUUGCCGAAAACCGCCGCUUACGGCUACUGUUUUUAUCCCGCAACCACCUCAGCAGCGUCCCGCCGGGACUGCCGCCGGCGCUGGAGGAGCUGCGGCUGGACGACAACCGGAUCCACACCAUCCCCCUCCGCGCCUUCGAGGGUCUGCCGGCGCUUCGGCGCUUGGUGCUGGACGGGAACCUGUUGGCCAACCAGCGGAUGGCGGACGACACCUUCAGCCGGCUGGUCAACCUCAGCGAGCUCUCGUUAGGGCGAAACGCGUUAGCCGCGCCGCCGGCCAACCUGCCCCGCGCUCGCCUGCGCCGGCUGUCCCUGGCCGCCAACGCCAUCAGCCACGUCCCCGCCGGCGCCUUGGCGCGGAUGCGCUCGCUGGAGCGGCUGGAUCUGUCGGACAACAACCUGACGACGCUGCCGCGGGGGCUCUUCGACGACCUGGGGAGCCUGAGCCACCUGGGGCUGCGGAACAACCCCUGGUUCUGCGGCUGCAACUUGGCCUGGCUGCGGGACUGGCUGCGCCGGCGGGCGCCGCGGGGGCUGGAGGUCAAGGGGCUGCUGUGCCAGGCGCCGGCGCGGUUACGGGGGCUGGCGGUGGGGGACUUGAGGGGGGAAAUGGAUGCACAGGAGCUGAAGGAGCGGGGGAACCGGGCGCUGGCGGCGGGGGACGUGGUGGGGGCCGUACGCCAUUACACGGCCGCCAUCGCUCUGGAUGGCCACAACCACGUCCUCUUCAGCAAUCGCUCGGCCGCCUACGCCCGUCAGGGCGACUACGCCCGCGCCCUGGCCGAUGCCUGCCGCACCCUUGAGCUGCGCCCCGACUGGGCCAAGGGGUACUCACGCAAGGCAGCAGCGCUGGAGUUCCUGCAUCGCUUCGAGGAGGCCAAGGCGGCUUACGAGGAGGGCCUGAAGCAUGAACCGGGCAACGCGCAGCUGAAGGAGGGGCUGAGGGGGGUGGAGGCACGGCUGGCAGAGCGGAAGCGGCUGAACCCCUUCAGUGUUCCGGACCUGUACGGGCGGCUGGAGGGGGACCCCCGAACCCGGGCACUGCUAGGGGACCCUGAGUACCGGCGGCUGCUGGAGCAGCCCCCUGCCCAGCCGCCCCCACCCGAGGAGCUCCCCGAAAACAAGAAGGAGGCACAGAGGGAGAAGGAGUUGGGCAAUGCCGCCUACAAGCGGAAGGAGUUCCCCACCGCCCUGGCUCACUACACACGUGCUGAGGAGCUGGACCCCACCAACAUGACCUACGUCACCAACCAAGCAGCCGUCUACUUUGAGACGGGUGACUACAACCGGUGCCGAGAGCUGUGUGAAAAAGCCAUCGAGGUGGGGCGGGAGAACCGGGAGGACUACAGGCAGAUUGCUAAGGCAUACGCUCGCAUCGGGAACUCCUAUCUGCGAGAGGAGCGGUACAAAGAUGCCGUGAACUUCUACAACAAGUCGUUAGCUGAGCAUCGUACACCUGAUGUGCUCAAGAAGUGUCAGCAGGCAGAGAAGAUCUUAAAGGAGCAGGAGCGGUUGGCCUACAUUGACCCUGACCUGGCGCUGGAGGAGAAGAAUAAAGGCAACGAGUGUUUUCAGAGAGGGGAUUACCCCCAGGCCAUGAAGCACUACAGCGAGGCCAUUCGCCGCAACCCCCACGAGGCUCGGCUCUACAGCAACCGCGCCGCCUGCUACACCAAGCUGCUUGAGUUCCCUCUGGCCCUCAAGGACUGCGAGGAGUGCAUCCGCCUGGAGCCCUCCUUCAUCAAGGGCUACACCCGGAAGGCGGCGGCGCUGGAGGCCAUGAAGGAUUACAGCAAAGCCAUGGACGUCUACCAGCGCGCCCUCGACCUCGAUGCCACCUGUAAGGAGGCCGGGGAGGGCUACCAGCGCUGCCUGCUGGCGCAGUACAACAGGCAGGACACCCCCGAGGAGGUGAAGCGCCGUGCAAUGGCCGACCCUGAGGUGCAGCAGAUCAUGAGUGACCCCGCCAUGCGCCUCAUCCUCGAGCAGAUGCAGAAGGACCCCCAGGCCCUCAGCGAGCACCUGAAGAACCCCGUCAUUGCCCAGAAGAUCCAGAAGCUGAUGGACGUGGGGCUGAUCGCCAUCCGGUGACGUCACCCCCCUGUCCCCCCCCAGGGACCCCCCGACCCCCUGGGGACACGGGUGUGGGGGGUCUCAGGG